UAAUAUAACAGCAACUCAAUUACCAAACAAAACAAAACGUUUCAAAAUUGUUUUUCUUCCUUUUUGACGAUUGUGCAUUUGUGUAGAUAUCUAACUAAUUAAUAAUUAUGACAGGAGAAUCGCCGACUAAUACGAAUAUCGCUGAAACAACCAACACCCGAGUCAAAAAUUGUAUAUUUUGUGACUUAAUUGCUGCCAAUGAUCCAAAUACUAUUCUUGAGCCUCGAAGCGAUCAAUUUGUAAUCAUUAAAGAUAUUAAGCCAGUGGCUACUCACCAUUUCUUAGUGUUGUGUGACAAACAUAUAAAAAGUGCAAAAAGUUUACAGCCUAAUGAACAGGAUUGUAAUUUACUCAAGAGCAUGGUUGCAGCUGCGAAACAAAUAUUAUUAAACAAUGGUUGUGAUUUGAAUGACACAAGAAUGGGUUUUCAUUGGCCUCCAUUUUAUUCAAUAGGACAUAUGCAUCUUCACGCCAUCAGUCCUGCUAGUUCGAUGUCUGUUUUCAAUCGUUUGGUUGCAUUCAAUCCAAGUUUCAGUUAUGUUUUUGUCGAUGUAGAUUAUGUGCUAAAACGUAUUGGUUGCAAAGACAAAAAUGAAACAGAAAAUCCACCUUCAGUCACAUAAAGCAAAGUGUGAUAUAUAUUUUAUAUGUAUAUAUUUACAACAUAUGCACUAUGUGUUAUUUUUGAUAUAUUAGUAUUUUUAUUCAUUAGGUAUUAUUGUAUUAUUAAUUUAUUUAUUAUUACUAGAGUUAGGAUGUUGAUGACCUAAAAAACACACAAAAAUGCCCUAAAAAAAUGCAAAAAAGCCCUAAAAAAGUGCAAAAAUGCCCUAAAAACUUCAAAAAAUAACCUUAAAAAUUAUCUAAAAAACUAAUUAAGUGAGUGAAAAAACUUAUUUAUAAAUAAUAAUUUUUAUUAGAGAUAUGGGUAUAUUGUGGAUAUAUACCCCACAAUAAUAAUAUUAAAAUUAUUUUUUACUAAUAGUCCAAAUCCAAAGUUACAUUUUAAAUAAAUUAAAUUUGUUUCCAAACUUGGGUGUAAUCUAUAAUUUGUGAAAAAUGCCCCACAUUGUAUAAAAAGUACAAAAAAUGCCCUUAAAGAUGAAAAAAUGACUUAAAAAUGUUGAAAAAUGAUGUUAAAAAACAAAAAAAAAUGCAUUUAUAGCUAAAUAUUAAAAAAAAAUGCAAAAUAAAAUAAGAAUAUUCUGCAUCAAGGGAGCAUGAAACAAAUUUUUAGCUAGGAUAGCAUUGUACAGAA